UCUACCGUGUCAACUGAGACUAACAAUAAUGCUUAUGACGAGCUCGUUUGCAGUUUGGCCGAGAUACACAUAUUAAUCGCACGCAUUACAGGUAAACAAGCGCCCAUAGCUUAAUAUCGAUCCUUCAAUGUAGCUAACAGGGAGAAGACUUUCUUUAUUUUGGGGCGGUAUGGCGGAGGGUAACGGCACAGUCAACCCUGCCAACCUUCCUCCGGGAGACCCGCAACUGAUCGCUAUGAUCGUGGAGCAUUUGAAAAACCGAGGGCUAUUUGACGAGUUUCGUCGUGACUGUUUGGCAGAUGUUGAUACUAAGCCCGCCUACCAGAACCUGCGACAGAAAGUGGACAACUUUGUCUCGUCCCACCUGAGCACACAGGAGUGGACCCCGACCAUCAACAAGAACCAGAUGAGGAACGGACUGAGGCAGAGUGUGGUCCAGUCUGGCAUGCUGGAGUCUGGCGUGGACAGGAUUAUCACUCAGGUCGUGGAUCCUAAAAUGAACCACACAUUCAGGCCACAUAUAGAAACAGCCAUCCAUGAUUUUCUGUCUGGAGAAAGGAAAGAAGAGAAUGCAUCCAUUUCCAAUACUGCACCUUCUGAACAGACAGAACCAACAGAAACCCCUGCUGUUGCUGCUGCUGCUGCUACUGCUGCUGGACCUAAAACCCCCAUCCGGCGCAUAAUUAAACAAACAAAUCAGGAAAGCGCAACAAACAGGCAAACAGGUCUGAGUCCUGCAGGCAUGAGGGGGACCGGGUCCGCUGUGGUGUUUGGCUUUUCUCUGCUGCUGGCCUGUCAACAGGUGCUGACCAUGGACCCGCAGGACUUCCACGAGAAACAAGUGAACCUGGCCAAGAGGAGACUGACUCUGCAGAGCACAGCAGAGAUUCAGUCUUGCUUGGUGAGUUCAGGGGAUGUUGGCUGUGGGAUGUUUCAGUGUUUCAAUAACAACUCUUGUGAAAUCCAGGGUUUGCACCACAUCUGUCUGACUCUGCUGCACAACGCCGGACGCUUCGACUCACAGGGGAAGUCGUUUGUGAAGGACGCUUUGCGGUGCAUGGCGCUGGGACUGCGGCAGCGCUUCAGCUGUGUGAGCCGUCGCUGCUCUGCGGUCAAAGAGAUGGUGUUCUCACUUCAGAGGGAGUGUUACUCCAAACACCAGCUCUGCCUCGCACUAAGAGAUCACAUGGACACCAUGGGAAACCUGGUCCAGUUCCACCUGCUAUUCCCACCAGGACCGUAUGUGGAGCUGAUAAACUUCCUGUUGACCUGUGGAGACGAGGCCCGCUCAUGGGUCGGCCGGCGGCUGCAGGGGCAGUGCACUCAGCACUGGGGGGCGCUGUGCGAGAGCUUCGGCAGCUCCUGCUCCCUCAGCCAAUCAGAUGCUGUGCAGCCCACCACUGUCCCACCUCUUACCGCUCAGGGAGCCCUUCUGCAGCAGCAGCCAACCAGAGCGGCUGAAGCAGAUGACAGGAGCGGGCCGGAUCAGAUCGAUAAUGCAACUGAAUCUGGUUUCCCCUUGUCUGAGAAAACCAAAGUUACCUCUGCGUAAACAGAACAGAGGAGGCGCAGACAGGGUACACAAAGAUCAUGCACUUAUUACUACAGUAGCAUAGUACAGUAAAAUGAGUAGAAGUAGUAAACAAGUAGUGACAGCUCAAUGUUUUUAGGGUAGUAUUUCUGGUAAAUAUAAUGCAACGUAACUUAUUUAAUCGAAAAUGUAUUUGCUAUAUGAACGUUUUCUUUUCAUUUGUACAAGGAUAAAAACCAUUUAUCUACCUCACUUCAUCAUUACAGUAAGGCCACAAAGGCUGUCUCCUCCAGUAAAGGGCAUAGACACACAUGAGGAAAGACUACAGGGAAUAUGUCUCAAUGUCACUAUUCUACCUAUUUAAGUCUCUUUGUAUUUAUUAGAAAUGUUUUUGCAUUGUUAUAUUAUGCACAAUUCAGUCUUAGUCUUUAGUUGAACAAUCUCAGAUAUUAUCUUGUAGACCUUUAGGGUGCAGUCUGCAGGAAGGGAAGCACUCUACGGCUGUGACGUGUUAGAAAUAUGUGUUUUUGAUGUUCUACUUGAACGAUCACAUUUCAUACAGACCCCAGGUUUCAAGCUACUUUUUGUAAGUGUUUAUUUAAAUGAAUGUAAAAAUAGUUUUGAUUGAAAUUUAAUAAACUAUAAUAAUGCCACUGGGCUGGAAGCAGUGGGUUCUUUUACUCUACCAAUGCACAGGAGAUCAUAAAGUUGUAUAUCCUGCCAUCUACUGGUACAUCUGUAGUAAUGCUGCACAACACUUCAACUCUCAUGUUGGAAAAAAUAGACGAUAACAUUCUCACCGUGUGGCAGUUAUUAAACACAGGCUCAGAAAGUAAUCACAAACGUUUCAGUAAUCUGGAGGGAAAAAGGCACCAAGUAGACAUGUCAACGAGUGUAAGAAAAAAUAUCUACACAAACACAUAUAAAGUACAACAUGAACAUAACGUGGCUGCACUUGAAAACCCUUGGCCUUUAGCCCAUGCCAAAGUUUUUGCACAUACGGACAGACGGACGGACGACAAACUGAUGACAACACCCUACAGCGACGGCCAAGGGUAAUAAACUGUAAACACACUAAAAUGAAGACGGAGAACAGGACUGUCAUGUGUGGUGCCCCCUCAGUGUGAUCUUUCACUGAAUUUGACACUUGGAUAGUUUUAUCACAUUCAUCUGCUGAAGGGAGAUUAAAGUUUGUCUGUCUGCUCCAAAAAUCUUCAUAAUGAGGUGGACUUUACUGGAGGAUCUUGCAACCA